AAAAAAUUUCUCUGAAUUAAAAUUCAGAGAAAAAAAAAAUAAUACUUUUCAAAUAAACGUAUACAACUUUUUUUUCUCUUUGUUUUUUAAUAAAACCAAUCCACUUUCUUUUCUUUGACAAAACUCAUAUAAACCCUGUCUCUAACACUCCCUUUCUCCAUUCCUGAUCUUAAACCAAGCUCCUUUCAAUGGCCGAUACCGAAAUUGCCCACCGAUUCCGCUUCUUCCAAGUCCACAAAGACGGUCGUGUAGUCUUAUACCAUCCAACCUUCGAGAGAACCCCACCAUCCGAAGACCUGACUACUGGGAUCCGAUCCAAAGAUGUCGUCAUUUCGUCCGACCCGCCAGUCUCAGCCCGAAUCUUCCUCCCCAAAUCCGCCGAACCGGACGGAAAGCUUCCCCUGCUCUUGUACAUCCACGGCGGCGGUUUCUGCAUGCAGUCCGCAUUCUCCACCGCGUACCACAACUUCGUCAGCACCCUCGUCGCCGGCGCUGAUGUCAUGGCCGUUUCAGUCGAAUACGGACUCUUCCCGACACGACCCAUACCCGCUUGCUACGAGGACUCAUGGGCGGUGCUCAAAUGGGUAGCGACCCACGUGGAUGGAAACGGAGCGGACCCAUGGAUAAACCAGCAUGCGGAUCUCAAACGGGUUUUUGUGGGCGGGGAUAGCGCCGGAGGGAAUAUAACGCAUACAUUGCUGUCUCGGGUCGGGUCGGUCGGGUUGAGGAGUGUGGGAGUGGUCGGGGCGAUUCUGCUCCAUCCGUAUUUUGGAGGAACGGUUGAUGAUUACAUGUGGAUGUAUAUGUGUCCGGAAAACAAAGGGUUGGAGGAUCCUAGAAUGAAACCGGCCACAGAGGAUCUGGCGAGGCUUGGGUGUGAAAACGUUUUGGUGCUUUUGGCUGAGAAAGAUGCUUUGGCAGGGGCUGGGAGGAGUUAUGGUGAUGAAUUGAAGAAAAGUGGAUGGGGUGGGACUUUGGAGGUUGUGGAGACCAUUGGAGAAGAUCAUUGUUUUCAUAUGUCUAAACCCAAAUCGGAGAAGGCUGUGGAUUUAGUCAAUAAGAUUGUUUCUUUUCUUAAACAGGUCUAGCUAAUUUUACUUUUCGCUUUUGAUUUUUCAGGCUGCUGUUAUGCAUGUAAGUGGUUGUGUCUAAAAACAAAUUGCUAUUUUCAACAAGUAGGAUCCACUUGGAUUGAUGUUAAAAAUCAUGAUUGUAUUUCUAUAAAUGAUAAAUCAUGUUUCAAUGAAAUUGGAAAUUAGAAAAAAUUAUUUGUAUGGAUGAUUAUA